CGCUGCCAUACUUUCCGUCUUCUCGCCCAUUCCGCUAUAAACUGCCGCCACUUACUUACGCCUGUGCUUGUGGUCUGUGAGUCCUGGAACUGCCAUGGGGAAAGUAUUUGCAAGUUGCCUCCUGACUUUGGCCGGACUUUUGCCUGCUGUGGCGAUCGGACCGUACUCCGGUAGCUGUUCUUUUGAUGAACCAUACCAGUCUUGUGGCUACAGUCAGUGGGAACACAAUGAUCUGAACUGGGAGCAGGUGAACACACUAAGAAAACCACAUACAGAUUCUUGGAUGCCGUCAGGAUCUUUUAUGAUGGUGAAUACAUCUGGAAGAUUUGCUGGGCAGAAAGCAGUCCUGCUCUUACCGCAACUGAAAGAGAACGACACCCACUGCAUUGAUUUCCACUACUUUGUGUCUAGCAAGAGUGGGGCACUACCUGGAACUCUGAACAUCUUUGUGAAAGUAAAAAAUGGGGAAAUGGGGAGCCCAAUCUGGAAUAUAUCAGGGACAGCAACUGGCACAUGGAAUCGAGCAGAACUGGCAAUAAGUACCUUCUGGCCAGCUUUCUACCAGGUGUUCUUUGAAGUUAUGACAUCAGAACAACAUGGAUACCUAGCAAUAGAUGAGGUGAAAGUCUUAGGACAUCCUUGCACUAAAACACCUCAUUUUAUACGGCUUAAAAAUGAGGAUGUCAACGCAGGGCAGUUUGCCACGUUCACGUGCUUGGCAAAUGGAAAGACGACGGCAAGUGACAGACUCUGGUUACAGGGUGCGAAUGGAAGAGAUGCUCCUUUAAAGGAGAUAAAAGUGCAUAAUGAUCGCCGAUUUGCAGCCGUAUUUAAUGUCAUGAACACAACAAAGAGGGAUGCUGGCAAUUACCGCUGUAUGAUCCGCACUGAAGGAGGAGUUGGAGUCUCAAACUAUGCUGAAUUGGUUGUAAAAGAACCACCUGUACCCAUUGCACCUCCACAACUUACCUCAGUUGGAGCUACAUAUUUGUGGAUACAGCUGAAUGCAAACUCAAUAAAUGGAGAUGGUCCCAUCAUUCAGAGAGAAGUAGAGUAUCGCACGACAAGUGGAAGCUGGUAUGACAUCCAGCCAGUGGACUCUUCCAUUUAUAAGAUUGGACAUCUUGACCCUGAUACGGAGUAUGAAAUAAGUGUUCUCUUAACAAGACCAGGAGAAGGUGGUACGGGAUCCCCUGGACCUGCAUUGAGGACAAGGACAAAAUGUGCUGAUCCCAUGCAUGGUCCACGGAAAUUACAAAUGGUAGAGGUAAAAUCCAGGCAGAUAACAAUUCGCUGGGAGCCAUUUGGAUAUAAUGUUACCCGUUGCCAUAGAUACAACCUGACCAUUCUCUACAGGUAUCAUGUUGGAGGACUGGAGCAAGUGAGAGAAGAAGUGAGCUGGGAUGCAGACAGCACACAUCCCCAACACACAAUCACAAAUCUCACUCCUUUCACCAAUGUCAGCGUCAAACUUGUGCUCAUGAAUCCUGAAGGCCGGAAGGAAAGUCAGGAACUUUCAGUGCAGACUGAUGAAGACCUGCCGAGUGCUGUACCUUUAGAGUCAAUCCAAAGCAGCACAUUUGAGGAGAAGAUUUUUCUACAAUGGAGGGAGCCUGCUCAAACAUAUGGCAUAAUCACCUUGUAUGAUAUCUCCUACAAGGCAGUCAGCUCUUUUGACCCUGAAAUAGAUUUAUCCAAUCAAAGUGGGCGGAUUAUAAAACAAGGAAAUGAAACACAUUACCUAUUCUUUGGAUUGUAUCCUGGGACAACAUACUCAUUUGCAAUAAGGGCCAGCACAGCCAAGGGCUUUGGCCCCCCUAUUACAAGUCAAUUUACAACCAAAAUCUCAGCACCCUCUAUGCCAACAUAUGAGCUGGAAACACCUCUGAAUCAGACUGACAGCACAUUGACAGUUCUGCUGAAGCCAGCUCAGAGCAGAGGAGCGCCUGUCAGUGUUUACCAGAUUAUUGUUGAAGAACAGAAAUCUCGUGGGUCCAGAAAGACAGUAGAAAUGUUAAAGUGUUACCCAGUUCCCAUACAUUUCCACAACGCAUCAUUGCUGAACUCUCAGUACUACUUUGCUGCAGAACUUCCACCCAACCUCUUGUCCUCAGUCCUGGUCUUCACAGUUGGUGACAACAAGACGUAUAAUGGUUACUGGAAUGCUCCACUCCUACCACAGAAAAGCUACAAUAUCUACUACCAAGCUGCAAGCAGAGCCAAUAGGGAAACCAAAAUUGACUGCGUGCGGAUAGCCACAAAAGCUGCGAUAAUCGUGACUCAGCUUACAACACCAUACAUUCGCAUCGCCCCUGCUGCAGGCGACGACCAACUAACAGGAGCUGCGACUCGUAAACCAGAUCCCGAACCUGAAAAACAGUCAGAUCAUACUGUGAAAAUUGCUGGAGUCAUUGCAGGGAUUCUUCUCUUUGUCAUUAUCUUCCUCGGCAUUGUCUUGGUGAUGAAGAAAAGAGCCCAUGAUCAGCACGAUCUUGCAGAUAUAAGCAAUGGAAGAAGCUAUAACUCCUACACAUAUUACCUAAAAUUGGCAAAAAAACGGAAGGAGACUUUGAACAACACUCGCCAGGAGAUGACUGUGAUGGUGAAUUCAAUGGAUAAAAGCUACACUGAACAAGGCACCAACUGUGAUGAAGCUUUCUCUUUUAUGGACACACACAAUCUAAAUGGCAGAUCUGUGUCAUCACCGUCUUCCUUCACAAUGAAAACAAACACACUAAGUACAACUGUGCCUAACUCUUACUAUCCAGAUCCAUUUGUGCCAACUGCAAUCUUAGAAAAUCUGGAAUACCAGGACCAGAAUGGGAGUUUGAAAACCAGGACUGGACCAGAAUCUCAUGAGGAUAUGGAGUUAGAUGAAAACCACACGAACAGUGAGACAAGCAGCUUAGCCCAGUCUCAUACAUACAAAAAACGGGAGACAGCUGAUGUUCCCUACCAAACAGGCCAGCUUCACCCAGCCAUCCGGGUAGCUGACUUGCUGCAGCACAUCACACAGAUGAAAUGCGCUGAAGGCUACGGAUUCAAAGAAGAGUAUGAAAGCUUCUUUGAAGGACAGUCAGCACCGUGGGAGUCAGCAAAGAAAGAUGAGAACAGAAUGAAGAACAGAUAUGGGAAUAUCAUUGCAUAUGACCAUUCCAGAGUGAGACUACAAAGCAUUGAAGAUGAAUCCAGUUCAGACUAUAUAAAUGGAAACUAUAUUGACGGCUAUCAUAGACCAAAUCACUAUAUUGCCACACAAGGACCCAUGCAAGAAACUGCAUAUGACUUCUGGAGGAUGGUGUGGCAUGAAAACACUGCCAGCAUUGUCAUGGUAACCAACCUGGUAGAGGUGGGAAGGGUAAAAUGCUGUAAAUACUGGCCAGAUGAUACAGAGAUUUAUAAAGACAUUAAAGUGACACUUAUAGAAACAGAGCUGCUUGCCGAAUAUGUAAUAAGAACAUUUGCAGUAGAAAAGAGAGGUGUUCACGAAAUCCGGGAAAUACGACAGUUCCAUUUCACAGGCUGGCCAGACCAUGGAGUGCCGUACCAUGCAACAGGACUUCUAGGCUUUGUACGGCAAGUCAAAUCAAAGAGCCCAUCCAAUGCCGGCCCAUUGGUUGUGCAUUGCAGUGCUGGAGCUGGUAGAACGGGUUGCUUUAUCGUCAUAGAUAUCAUGCUGGACAUGGCAGAAAGAGAAGGAGUUGUAGAUAUCUACAACUGUGUGAGAGAACUCCGCUCUCGUAGAGUAAACAUGGUGCAAACAGAGGAACAAUAUGUAUUCAUUCAUGAUGCUAUAUUGGAAGCCUGUUUAUGUGGAGACACGUCAAUCUCGGCAUCCCAAGUCAGAUCAGUAUAUUAUGAAAUGAAUAAGUUGGACCCUCAAACAAAUUCCAGUCAAAUUAAAGAGGAAUUCAGAACGUUGAACAUGGUGACGCCAACGCUACGGGUAGAAGACUGCAGUAUAGCACUGCUGCCCAGGAAUCACGAAAAGAACCGCUGCAUGGAUGUCUUACCUCCAGACAGAUGUCUCCCGUUCCUCAUAACAAUUGAUGGCGAGAGCAGUAACUACAUCAACGCUGCAUUGAUGGAUAGCUAUGUGCAGCCUUCAGCUUUCAUCGUUACACAACAUCCAUUACCGAAUACAGUGAAAGACUUCUGGAGAUUGGUCCUUGACUACCACUGUACAUCAAUAGUAAUGCUAAAUGAUGUAGACCCAGCACAGUUGUGUCCGCAGUACUGGCCAGAAAAUGGAGUACACAGACAUGGCCCCAUUCAGGUGGAGUUUGUGUCUGCUGACCUAGAAGAAGACAUCAUAAGCAGAAUAUUUAGGAUCUAUAAUGCUGCAAGGCCUCAGGAUGGAUACCGCAUGGUUCAGCAAUUUCAGUUCCUGGGCUGGCCAAUGUACAGAGAUACACCAGUCUCUAAGAGGUCUUUUCUAAAACUCAUUCGUCAAGUGGACAAGUGGCAGGAAGAGUACAAUGGAGGAGAAGGGAGAACAGUUGUACACUGUUUAAAUGGAGGCGGUCGCAGUGGUGCAUUUGCUGCAAUUAGUAUUGUUUGUGAAAUGCUCCAGCACCAGAGGGCAGUUGAUGUGUUCCAUGCUGUGAAGACACUUAGGAACAAUAAGCCUAAUAUGGUUGACCUCUUGGAUCAAUACAAAUUUUGCUACGAAGUGGCUUUGGAAUAUUUAAAUUCUGGAUGACUGCACUAAUGAGACAGAGAAAAUCAAAGGAAAUAAAAAAACUUUUCACCUCCAUCUCUACGAGCAAUGCAAAUUGUUCUUUGAUAUAUAUGUGUAUAUACAAUGAAGACUUCAGUGUUCUGCUUAUUUUGCUUUCUUAUAUUCGGCUCUUUAAGGAGCUGGUGAAAAGUGAUUGGAAGCUGCCUGCACUGCCUUUCCCCACUGUCUCGCUGCUUUCUUGACACAGAUCAUCUUGAAGUUUUUGGAUCAGUUAUCCACAGCUACCAAGUUGCCUAAUAGAAGCAGCAGAUUUUGGCAAAUGAACGAGCACAAUUACAUUGUUAUGAAGGAUCCGUGUUCUUUUCUUUGACUGACUUUUGUUAUUGUCUUUAUUAUGAUAGUGUUGAAAUUUUUAUUUUAUUUUCUCCAGUUCUGUGGAAAAUGCAGUUAAGCGUUAUGACGACAUACAAUUUUUUGUUACAUUUGUACUCCAAUGUGUUCAGAGGAAAACAUGAUAAAUGUAUUUACCUGUUUUUGAACUGCAUUUUAACAGGUCAUCCUUUGUUGAAUUAUAAUUACUUUAUUUGUAUCAUUUGAAAAAAAGAAAAAAAAAGAAAACACUAAAGACUUAAUUUGCAAAAAAACCUAAAAAAUGAUAAAUAAAAAAUCUAUCCAAAGCUU